CUCACAACUGCACAACAAAAACGCUGACUAAUCCGCACAACCACGACGUCACAAGCAUCACACAACCCAACUCCAACUCUCCAACUCCAUCCCUCAAUAAGACUACAUUGACAACUCCAACCUCACCCACUCAGAGACAAACCCAAAAAAACCGCAAAAAAAGAUGGUCCUAGAAAACGCUCAAACAGACCCCAUCCCCCCAUCGGGCGCGGAAGCAACCAACGACAGCGACAGCACCCCAACCACAAAAUACCAGUACCACUCGCUCUAUAUUAAACGCGACCUCAUCGCCAACCCGGAUCCGUUCACCCUCUACUUCGGAUUCUUCGGACGGUGGAACUAUGACCGAAAAGUAACCGCCAAUGUACUCCGUCGAGUCGAAAACGCCCGGGUGCUAAUCCAGCGCCUCCCCACACAAGACGAACUAGAUGCGAUGGUAACACACAGCAGUCGCAGUUUAUACCAGGAGCGGAUCGGCGCGCCAUUGGGAUUCCUCGGCGGGUCGGCGCUUCUGUGGAUGCAGGCCAAGAAAUCGGAGUUGUAUCCGGCUUAUUUCCCCAAGGCUUCCGGUCCGGAGGGGAAGAUGCCGUCUCCCAAGGAGAUUCUGCAGGCCGCUCAGAGAUUUAUGAUUGCUGAGCCGACUGUAGCGAAACGAGCGGUUUUUGUGACGGGUUUCAAAUUGCUGUUCUAUAGUGUGGCGGGCGCGACGUUGUCGAGUGUUUAUGCGGUUUAUAAAGAGACGACGAAUACAAUGGGGGAUUCGCGAUUGAAGGAGUUCUUGGCGGAUUUGAAAAAGCAGAAUCCCGAGGAGAUAAGAAGGAGGCAGAUGGAGUCCAGGGGGCGGAGGUCGGUGGGCGAGCAACAGGGAGUUGUCGAGAUGGAUCAGGGUGGUGAUUAUGCUUCGGAGUAUUCCGGUGGUAACGUUCAGUCGACGACGGUAUCUGUCCCUGAUCGUCGUCCGGUAUUAGAACCUGUUGGUGGUGGAUCGGGUGCAGAUCACGGCCGCGGAGGAGAUUUCUUCGAUGAAGAUGAUGCUAGCCCCACGGCGCCUGAGUAUAGAACCAAUAGGGGCACACAGGCUGGUUACUCGCAGGGAGGUGCUUGGGAGCGGAUUCGACAACAAAAUGCUCCCGCACCUGCUCAGUCCAGUCAUCAGGAUGCAUCCGGCCAGCAGUCACCACAGUGGGACUCAUGGAGCCCCCCAUCAUCAGAGAGUGACAAGCAGCGGGAGAGGGAGCAAGCUCGUGCCGAUUUUGAGCGAUUAUUGGAUGCAGAAAGGAAUAUUGGACAAGAGUCGGCGAGCGAAGGGCGCAAUAAAGGUUGGGGGAAGUGGAAUUGAUUUCCCGCUAGUGGACUGACACCGUGUACUAUACUAACUAUACUUGAUUCUACGAUGGAGUAGCUUUCGAGUCUGGGUCACAGGCUCGACAAUGUAUAUUAACUCUCUGUGGCAUAUGUCUGCAUUGCUCAUGAACAUCAUAUUAACUAUCAUAUAGCCCGAUUAUUACUAAUAGCGGCAGACAACCAAGGAAAUCAAAGCAUUGUGAGAGUGAUGGAAGCCUGUGCAUGAUAGAGCAACAGGAACCACCUCAAUCCCAGAUACAAAGGAACUUUUCCUUGUCCUUGCGGACCCAAUCUGAAGAAGAAGAGUAA